ACUAGCCAAAUGUCAAACCGCGGGAAUGUUAGGAUUUUUAGGUUAGAAUAAAAAGUUAUUGUUUUUGUUUAUUUUUCAUUGAGUGAGUGUAAAAACCAAAUUAAUACAUAUUGUUAUGAUAGACGCUUAUUAUAAAAGCUAGCUUAAUAAGGUUAUUGCUAAAAUGAGUGAAGAAACCCUUCAAGAGCGGCAGGAUAAUGAAAUUGAGGCCUUAAAGGCAAUUUUCUGUGACGACUUGGUGGACAACCGCCAGGCUAUAGCGUGGAAGGUGUGGCGGCCGCUCGACCUCAUGCUGACUCUGCACCCGCUGCACAGCUCCAGUGUCGCCGGCAGCCACUGCUCCGUCACUCUGCAUAUUAAGUGCUGUGAAAACUACCCUAAUAAGCCUCCAUCUCUGUCCCUGCAUAAAAUCCAGGGCUUGUCUAAUGAAAAUGGUGCCAAAUUGUUGACUGAGUUGGAAGAAUUAGCCACAAAGUCUUGUGGGGAAGUCAUGAUAUUUGAGUUAGCUCAACAUGUGCAGAAUUUCCUCCAUGCCUUCAACAAGCCAACAUUGUCAUUUUACGACGAGAUGUUGGAGCGCCGCAACGAAAUGGAGAGACUCAAACUUCAUGAUCAGCAGGUUAAAGAGAAUGAGGAGCGUCAAAAGAUGAAGGAUGAGAUCCAGAAACGGCAGGAGAUUCUCAAGGGAGCGGGGCGGCAGCGGCUGCACCGGACCAGUGUCAGUCAGCCCGAGGCAGAGGGACAGGGGGACGCGCCGGAACUCAUCUAUUACGCCGACAACGCAAUGUCUCCAGCUAAGAAGGCCCCAAAGAACCGCACAGCCAACAUCGCUUGCACGUGCAGCACCAAGGGAAUACAGAUACUGAGAGUCAUGCAGAAGAACAACAAGAAAAUUCAUGUGGGGAAGUGCUUGGGUCACUCAACAAACGGUGCUACAACGUACCUAGCAAUAGACGCAGACACCGGCGACUUUGUCGUCACACGCAAAUGGGCUCUAAACCCAGCCACAGAUUUCCAAACCCGCAACCGACAAAUGAACCUUAUUGAGCAGGACUUAAAGGCAAUGUCUCGAAUAAAACACCCACCUUUAAUCCCGUACAUAGCUAUGGAAAUCCAACAAGAGGUUGUGAAGCGAACUUCAGUUCAGUGCGUUUAUAUUUUCCGUGAUUUUGUGCUUGGAACGUCUUUAAAAGACUUACGGACAAAGUUGAAGACGUUUGGUGAUAAUGAUGGUUUUGAGGCUGUGAGGUUAUUACGCCAUGUCGGUAUUGGGGUGUUAAGUGCGUUGAGUGAGCUACAUAGUGUUGGCGUAUUGCAUAGGGAUGUGCGGAGUGAGAACGUUUUUCUGAACGAUUCCGGAGCUGUCAAGUUGGUUGGCGCUGGCUUGGAUGUUAGAUUGGCCGAGAUAUUAGAAGGAGAGAGUUUUUGUGAUAGACAAACCAAAACCCAAGACAUAUUCAGCGCGGCGCAGCUGCUUCUAUCCAUUGUAUCGAGUCACGAGCCCUCACACGAGGUACCGUCGCAGCUGCCCGUGGCGGCCCGGGACUUCUUCUCCAGAUGUCUAACAGAAGACGAGCAACUCCAGUGGUCGGCAGAACAGUUACUAAACCACGGGUUCUUGAAAGAUGCGCCGGCGCCGCAGCCCAGCGGCAAGCAGCACGACGACGGGUAUAGCGGCUCUGAGGAUGAAGACAAACUCCUAGUGCAGUCGUUCGUCCAGAGCCUGCCGUCUAGUGGACAUUCAAGGCUUAGUGCGGAGUUCGAGGUGCUCAAGUGGCUAGGGAAAGGUGCUUUUGGUGAUGUCUUGAAAGUAAAAAACAAGCUAGACGGCGGAUUCUACGCGAUAAAGCGCAUCAAACUUAACCCGGAAAACGUUCAGUUGAACAAGAAGAUAACCAGAGAAGUGAAGUUAUUAUCCCGUCUUAACCACGAGAACGUCGUUCGCUACUACAACGCGUGGAUAGAAACUAUGUCGGCUGUGCUAGAUGACACUACGGAGACUGUUAGCACAGAUCCUAGUGUUGUUAAAGAACAAAAGAACCAACCCAAGAAGCCCGGUCCCAACAGCAUAGAAGCGGAUCUAGCUAAGUUAGCGCCGGGGGUCAAGCUAGAGUGGUCGAUAUCAGAAGCUCCUAUCACCAAGACUGAUGCAGAGUCUGAUUCAGAGGAAGAUGAUGAUGAUGACGACGAUGAUGAUGAAGAUGAAGGCUGGUUUAAGCGGCUGCCAGUAACAACGAACCUAGACGAAACAAGCAGCUCAAUAGAAUUCGAAGUGGACACAGACAACCAAUCACAGACGUUACCCUCAGAAGAAUUACCUUCCGACCCGCGCCCGCCCACAGAGCAUAUACAACAAGUCUUGUACAUACAGAUGGAGUUCUGUGAAAAGAAUACUCUGAGACAUGCCAUAGACAACGGUCUGUUUAUGGAGAAUUAUAGAGUUUGGAAGCUGUUUCGGGAGAUUGUUGAAGGUCUAGCACACGUCCACCAGAAAGGUAUGAUACACAGAGAUCUGAAGCCAGUGAAUAUAUUCUUGGACUCUAACGACCAUGUCAAAAUAGGCGACUUUGGCUUGGCAACCAAAGCCUUCACUUCUCUCCCUGUUGUUGAAGAUAAAGAAAAGCCACAAGAGGAAUUUGGGGGCUCCCUCACUGGGCAGUGCAUGAUUACAACAUAA